AUGCUGUUAUUUGGUCGCAAAAAAACGCCGGCAGAACUAUUGCGGCAACAUCAACGUGCACUUCAAAAAGCACAACGUGAAAUGGAUCGUGAAAAGGCAAAACUGGAUCUUGCAGAAAAAAAAUUAAUAGCUGACAUAAAAAAGUCUGCUAAAGCAAAUCAAGUGUGUGAAUACCUUACAGAAAUUUCUUAUUAUAAUAAAGCUUAUUCUUUUGAUUAUGUGUUGGAUCUUGUCAGAACUCGUCGUUACUCUCAAAAAUUCCAAGCAAUGAAAACACAGCUUCAAGCUGUUUCAUUACGAAUUCAGGAAGAAGACGAGGAGGAAAGUGACAUGAUUGUAAAUCAAGUCUUGGAUGAGAUUGGGAUCUCUCUGGAUCAGUCGCUGGUUGACACUCCUAGUUCAAUUGAGAAAGAGACCACCAAAGAAAAGGUUCCGCAAAUCGUAGAUAUGGAAUCAAAUGAUGAUGCAGCCUUACAAGCUAGACUUGAUAAUUUGCGAAGAGAAUAA